GAAAAAGAUGACCACGCAGCAGCGCGUCAGAAGAGCGGCUGCAUCACGACAGUAAGACCAUCUGUUCGACGUUUUGACAUUCGAUUUGGACAUUGAUGCGCUCGUGAGGCAUCAGCUGCUACCUGUUGCCUCACUGUUCGAAGGUGAGGGACACACACGCUGGAGAUUAGAUUGUCGCGCAGCCUCACUCCUGUCAUUGUGCAUUGCGUGUCGUCGUCAGGCAAUGUUGGCCUCCGCCCUGCAGAAUGGCGUUCACCAUGGUGGUGGGAACGGCGAGGAGAUAACGUCGUGCGGCAGCUGCCAGUACAAGCAGCAGCGCAUCCAGGACCUCCAGGAUGAGGUGCUCCGGCUGUCCAACGCCUACCACAGUAAGCUCACAAACACGCGCAGACCCUCGGCCUCUGACCGACCCUGACUGACGUGUUUGCUGUGCGUGUGUCUGGGUGCAGACCUGACGAUUCAGUCGGUGUUCACGACGCCCACGGCAUCGGCUGCCGUCGCGCCCCCCUCCAUGUCCGUUGCCGUUGCCGUGCCCCCGCGUGCAAGCAAACUCGGCCUCUCACGCGCAGCCACGUCCGUCAAUGCCGACGUACGCAGCACAGCAGGCACACACACAGACCACACACCCGCCCCCCGACAGACACACGAUGAGAUGAGUCAAUCCACUGCCAACCGGCUGUUCCUGCGUUGCCUCUAACGAUGCAGGUGGACCGUGCGUCGGCCAUUCCGGCGGCCUCGGUGGGCUGCGGCGUGUGUGCAGGUGGCGAGACGGCCUCGUUCUCAGCGGGGAGCGGUGGCGAGGUGGACAACGACAACGAGCAGGAGGAGCAGGGCUUCCACGGCAUCAUCGAGGACGGCAUGGGCAUGACGAUGAGCAUGGGUGGCGGAACCGACGUGGACGGCGGCAAGCAGGGUGACGGCGAUGCGAAGGAAACGGAGAGGGAACAUGAGGAUGACACUUAUGAGACCGGUAGGUGGGGGAAUGAGGGAGGGACACUCUUGGCCCUCGUGUUCUGCCAGACAGACAGACAGAAAUGAUGGAUGGUGUGUGCUCCCUCUGUGUGAUGUGUUGUGUGUGGCUGGACGAUUGGUGCAGUUGAGGAGGCUGUCGACACCAUUCGCCGCCUGCGUGCCGAGAUGGAGACCAUGCGCGGAAGGCUGCAGUACCUCGAGAGGAGGGAAACAGAACGUCGGUCACACACGACACGAGCGCCCUGACAUGCAUUCGUAUGUGCGUAUGUAUCUAUGUUGCCUGCUGCAGGGUCCCAGGAGAAGCGUCGACAGGAGAAGAAACUCAGCAGCCUGCUGCAGGCCUUCGCCGAGACGGUCAGUGGCCAGAAGCGAACGAAUGACCAAAGAGAGGAACGACCCCUUGCCGCUGCUGCGCUCGAUGCAGGUGAACAUCAGUGCCUGGUACUGCGACACGGAGGACCAGGCAACGACCUACUGCCACCACUCCAGGUGCGUGCAGCAGAAACAGAUGCUCACACGUACUUGUCUAAUUGUGUGGUCACGUCGCAUCCCUGAUGUGUGCAGCAAGGUGUAUGAGGCGCUGACGGGCCGGUCGAUGCCGAACGACGAGAACACCAUCCAAAGCUUCGAAGAUUCGCUACAAUACUUCCAGGUACCGACCGUACCCUCUUCUGUGCGUGACGUGCACCAUCCACGUGUGUGGGGUGGUGCAGGAGCCCGGCCGCGGGGAGCUGCAGAUGGCGUGGAACAAGCUGCGGACAGAGGGGUGCGGCUACACACUUGAGCUCGGAUUAGAGCGGCCUGAUGGCCAAGUGCGGUGGUUCAAGUGUGCGGGUCGGAUGGAGAAGGAGGGCUCCAACCACCAUGAGGCAGGCCUCAUGUGGGGCUUCAUGAUGGUAUGGUAUCCAUUUUAUCCACACACAUCACAUAGGGAAGAUGAAAGGCCUCCUCCCAUCCCAUGUUUGUGUCAACUAUUUAAUGGUCAGGACACGACAGAGGAGAGGAAGAGAGAAGGCGAAAAGGAGCGGUUCCGCGGCCGGCUGCAACGGCUGGCGGACGUCACUUUCGACGGAUGGGGACUCGGCGACCUCCAAGAAAGAGUCCUCAUUGAGGUGGGUCGUUUGGCACACCAAUACCACACACACACACACACAACAGACCUGCCUAUCUGUUGUGGCCGCGUGUGUCAGUGUUCGCCGUCGCUCAACGUGUUGUUUGGUCGCCGUCUGGAGGGCACGCCCAUCGAGCAGACCCUGCCGUCCACCGUCAUCCAGCGCAUCGCUGCCGACGGAUACGGCAGACACCUGCCAGUGCGGCUGAGGCGGUCUGACGGGGAGGUUUUCGUGGCAGAGCUCAAUGCGCUCGUCGACUCUGACGAUCCAGGUGAGAAUGUCGACGAGUGGGAAGCGAAGCCAAUAAGAGUACAUUCUGAUGUGGCCUUGUGAUGCGCUCAGCCUUGGUCUUUUUCGCCGUUCGUGUGGUGGAAGAUGAGUCGACCAGCCCCACACCCACACUCGGACCGCCGCCACCCCUCAGCAGUAAGGAGCAGCAGCACAGACGAGGCCUUCACACACGUCUCUCGCACUGUGUGUACCUGUGUCGUCUCCCUGCCUUCAUCCCUCUAUCUAUGCAGUUCGCAGCGCCCGAACUGCUGUCAGAGGCAGCCGGACAUCCAACUCAUCCAACUCGUCUUCCAACACCAACCGGCAGCGGCCCCCCCAGCCCCCGCAGCAGCGGGCGGGCUCGCUGGGCAACCAUCAGCCGUCGCCCUCCCCCCCUCCCCCGCCCACCAGGCAGGAGACGCCCCCCUCGCCCACAGCUGCGCUGCCGCCACUGCAGGCGAAGCGGAGGGAAGGCGACUCCAAACCAACAAGGGCUACAGGGUUGGCAGUGGUGACGGGCAGGAGAGUUCUGAAGGAGUCGCCCAGUCCGUCACCGUCUCGCGGCUCGCGGUCUCCUCUCGAGAUUGCUCGGGCCGACCUGCCAGCUGUGUUGGAGGAGAAAAAGGACGACGAGGCGGGAGAUGAUGUUGCCGUCUCGCCCUCACCUGUCCGCGCAGCUGCUAGGCCGCCCUCCCCCCUGCCGAGCGCAUCCUUCCCCUUCCCCGCCCCCGCUCCCUCCUCCACAAGCGCGGAUGCCACCAACACGGCCGUCUCUCCCACAUCCACCGCCGCCCCAGUGGUGCUGGAUGGGGCUAACGAGCCCCCACCCAAUGUGUCCCCGGUCAACGGCAUUCCCCCAUCAGCCGGGCCGGCAGAGCAGCCCAACCACCGCCACCAAUCGCGGCCUCUCACUCUUGCACCGAGGUACCCAUCACUAUGCGGCAGCGACAAGGGCGACCGCGGCGAGCUGUCGUCGCCCCCGCCGCCCGUCAGCCCUGCCCACCAGGAGCUCAAGGGCGACAGGGCGUCCUUCAUGCUGUCGCCCACAUCAGACGACAUGAUCAAGAACGGAGUGGGUGUGGGUGUGGGCGGCAGCAAUCCGCAGGUGAGGUUCGGCGGGCCGUCGAGUCGUCCGCGUGCGGUGCCGGGUGCGCAGACAUCCUUCCUCGCUCGCCUGGCACAGGCAUCGUCGGCUGAGGCAACCCAGGCCGGCGGAGCCGUCUCGAUGGCGGUCAACGGCACGAGCACGGGCCUCUCCCUCGCCUUUCCCCCUCCGCUGCCACACCAGGCGUCCCGCGGUUGCUCUCAGUCGCCCUCGUCCCAGGCCAACAAGAGGGCAGAGCCAGACGUGGUCGACACGCACCCAUCGCCACCGCACCCGCACAAGGGCCGAGGUGGGCUGCCCAACGGCCCAUCGUAUGGGGUCGGUGGCCUGAUGGACGCCGAGAGGACGGAGGAGAUUCUGGCGCAGGGGACGGCGUCGUCGCCUGUGCGGCUGGAGCCGUUCCUCAGGGAGUUCCAACUCUUAGCCGGUGUGGUGUUUGAUGGCUGGGCGGUAGGCGACUUGCAGGAGGGGGUCAUUGUGAAUGCGAGCCCUGGUUUGAACACGCUCUUCCGACGGGCGGUUGAGGGCACACAGAUGGCCGAACUGUGAGUGUUUGCAGCAGAGAGAGCGGACGGGCACACGCAAUACACAUCGUCUAGGGAGCGUCCAUGGCAUGGAUGGGUGCGGCUUGUCUGUGUGGUAUAUGCAGGUUUCCCCCAUCUGUCCUGACCACCAUCCGAAGGUACGACGGACGAUGAGAUAGAGUUAGAUGCAUUCUGCAUUUGCCUGUGUGUGGUCACUGACUGACUUUGCUUUCAGCACUGGUUGCGCCCGGCACCUGCUGGUCGACCUGACGCGCGGCGACGGCACGCGGCUCGUGGCCGACGUCAAUGGCGUCAUAGAUCCUGACUCGAUGGGCUCCGUCUUCCUCACCGUAUCCGACCUCACAGACACCUACCAGGACAGCCACCACCAGCUGCAUCUCAACACGGCCGUGACGGCCAGCAGCACCUCGUCAGUGGACCGCACACACGGGGGCCUCACCGGUGUGGCGGGCUCUGGCCAGCCCGCCAACAUGCUGUCUGCAUCGGCGGCCUGCCCGGCCAUCGACGAGGAGGAACGUUUGAGUGAGUCGGUGCACUCGCCGCGAGAGAGGGAGAGGCAGAUGAGCACCAACACCAACGCCAGCAGCAGCAACAACAACCAGUCCACCAAUGUGCGGCCACCGCGGAGCUUCAACAAUAGGGACGUCCUGCAUCUCUACUUGUAAGCUAUGAUGCUAUCCACGAUGAGGCGAAACACACCGGCCGAGCCGCCUGUGUGUAAGUAUGGCCUCCCCUUCUGUCUCUCUGUGUGUGCAGCAACGAGUUGGGCGAUCUGUAUCUGAAAGUGAAGGACCGGCAGCCAACCGCGAGCUCUCCUGGCCCCUCGUCCCAGGCCAGCGGCAGCAGGUCACUCCGACCGCCCGCCGGCCGCAGAUCACGCCGCUUCCGAGGUGGAUCGCUCUCAUCACGGUCAUCGUCAGGGGGCGCCUCCACCGGCAGUUCGGCAUCAUCAUCCCUGCCAACCAUAUUCGAGAAUGUCCACGAGCACGACGGUGAGGACGGCGAGACCAACGAGCACCAGAAACACCACCCUGCGGCCAAGAGGCACCACCACAACCAUGGGCUUCGCCCGCGAGGGGCCAGUGCAGGAGCAGCAGCUGCUGCUGCGAGUAGUGGAGGAAACGGCAGGCAUCCGGAGGCUUCAAGCUCGUUCCGUGACGUGGGUGGCGGGGGGAAGGGGUAGACACAGGGAUGUGUGCAGACAGACAGACAGACAGAGGGUGGUGUGUUUACUUGUUUCGUCGUGCUGCAUCCGUGAGAUUGACUGAUCCACCUGUGUGAGAGUCUUUAUCGCCCUGACCGACCGAUGGAUGUGACAGAAAUCCGAAGGCCGAUUCAUUCAUUCAAUCAUUA